GCUAAAGAAUCCAUCCGUACACACACACAACCACAUAGCAGGCACGCAGGCCGAGGCACAUACACAUGCUCACGGACACAGCGCAUUUGUUAGAAAUGUGCAAAUUGUAUCAGAAAUCCGCUCGAAAGUAAAUAAGUUGAGCAGCAAGCCCAGUGAAAAAAAGAGUGAAAUAAUCAGAAGCGCACGGUGUGCGAAUGAAAAUGCCAAAAGCGAGCCCAAAAUACUGAACAAAACGUGUGCAAUUUUGCAGUGCUUUUUGGCUGUGUAUAUCGUAGUGUUCGUGUAGUGUGAAAAGCGAAGAAAAGCCGGCUCAGCAGGAGGCGAAAAACAUUUUCCAAACGCAUCAGAUGUAAAUGAGAUGCCGUCGCGCCGGCAGCAGAGUCACCAGCAAGCAAAACCACGCCGACAUCGCCUCCGGAAAUACCAGGAGCCCCAGCAGCAUCUGAUUAUCAAGUGAAGAGUGAAGUGUAGUGGAGCGAGGACUCAAUCCGUUCGCAGCAGUCGAUAGGUCGAUAUAGGACAUAGGAUAUAUACAUAUAGCCAGGAAGCCAGGGAGAGGAGCCAACUAAUCUAGGGGAAGCAGGGAGAGAUCGAGCAUUUCGAGCGGAGGACACACGCCGCGCAUCCAAGAUGAAGCGACGCAACGCGGAUUGCGGCAAACUUCGGCGGCCGAUUAAGCGCAACAAAAUCACAGAGGGAAUGUACGGCAGCACAACAGUUCUGUACAUGAAGUUUCUGAUACUUUGGGCCAUCGUAAUGGUUGCCGACUUCAUGUUCAUGUUCCGCUUCGAGUACUUGUGGCCAUUCUGGCUGCUUCUUCGCUCCGUGCACGAUUCCUUCAAGUACAAGGGACUGGCAUUCUCCGUACUGUUCGUGUGCAUAGCGAUAACGUCAGAUCUGGUCUGUUUAUUCUUCAUACCCGUUCACUGGCUGCUCUUCGCGGCCAGCACAUACGUUUGGGUGCAGUACGUCUGGCACACAGAUAAGGGGAUCUGUUUGCCGACCAUAAUACUCUGGAUGUUAUUUGUCUACCUAGAGGUGGGCAUACGAUGGAAGGACAGUCGCCAUAUGCCGCAUCUGGAUCUCUGCCGGCCGUUCGCAGCGCAUUGCAUUGGCUAUCCGGUUGUCACGCUCGGAUUUGGCUUCAAAAGCUACGUGGGCUACCGAAUGCGCCAGCGGAAGCAGCGCGAAGUGGCCAAGGACAAUGAGUUCUACAUGCAGCUCCUGCAGCAGGCUCUGCCCGCUGAGGAGGCAGCCGAGGAGGCGGCUGCGGGGGCGACAGCCACAUCCAGCACCGUGGUGGUGGCCAACGGAUCGGCCACCACGCCGGCUCUGGUCGCAUCAUCCGGAGCAAACGCGGCAAAUGGCAUUUUGGCCACUGCCACGCAAGCACAAAACCAUCAUGAGCAUCAUCACAGCGGCGGCGCCGGCGCCAGCAGCAGCAACAGCUCGAGCAAUAGCAAUCAUCACCAUCACCACCAUCAUAACAACAAUAGUGGCAACAGCGGCAGUAGCCACAACAGCAACAGUAGCAGCGGCGGCGGAGGCGGCGGCAAGGACAACAGUACAAGCGACGGUACAAACGCGGCCGCAUCCUCGUACUCUGCAGCGUCAUCGGCAACGGGAUCUGCGGCAACUGCAGCGGCGGCGUCCACAUCCUCUGGCUCAUCCUCGUCGUCGUCGGCGACGGCGGCGGCGGGCAAGCAGUCGUCGGCGUCUGCUGGAUCCACGGCCACAACAGGUGCAGCAACCACUUCUUCCACUCCCGUCUCAGCUCUCUCUGCUUUGGCUGCAAGCUUGACGACGCAGCAGCAGCAGCAGCAGCCACAUCAGUUGGGGGCCGGCGAAUCCCCGGCUACUUCUUCUGCCCGUUCUUCCUCCUCGACUUCCGACGGUGCCGAUGCUGACGGUUGUUGUGGUGCAACCUCCAAUGGUCACGCUGGUGGUUCAAGGAACCAUCGUCGCAGCAUGGACAAGGAUAAGCAUCGCAACAAGGGUGACGCUGCUGAUAAUGAGCACAACAAUGGAGCGCGACACGGGGGUAAAAAUAGCAGCAACAACUAUCACCAAGUCGAUAGUGGCGCUGCCACAGCAACCACAACAGUAACAGCCACAUCAAGUAAUAGUAAGGAUAAGGAUAAGGAUAAGGAGAAGUCAGACUGGGAUAGUAGCACCAACUAUCCACAACAACAACAGCAGCAGCAGCAGGGGGGAAAGGAGAAGCACGACAAAAAGGCGGGCAACGCUGUCCCCAACGGAAAUGCCAAUCACCUUGAAGUUGAGGAAGCGGCCAGUGUGGAGCCAGCACCACCUGCUGAAAAGGCACCCAAGGGUCGACGCAAUCGCGGCAAGAAGGAUAAUGCAGCAAAGGACAAUCACAGCCAUCAGCAGCAGCUGGCUCAGCAACAAAAGGAGAAGGACAAGGAGAACACGGCCAACAAUAACAAUAACGACGCCAGCUCAGUAUCAUCGUCGGCGAGCUCCACCUCGAGCAAUGCCAUCGCCAACUUGGCCAGCAAGGUGGUCUCCAAGAUCUGCGAAACCUGUCUCAAACUGGAGGCCGAUGUGAAGAAAUAUCGCACUGAAAUCAGCCAUAUGAAGCAAAUCGAAAACGAACUGCGCCAAAAACUAGACGCCAAUCUCACCAGCAAGUCAACGCUGCAGGCCAAGCAGAAGGAGUGCGACGAGCUGGAGAAGCGAAUCCAGGAGCUGAACAACGCUCGACAUGCCGAUAUGCUCAAUCUGCAGACGGUGGAGAGGCGACUCAACGAGGAGCGCCGCCAGAAACAAUCCCUGGACUCUCAGCUGGCCAACGAAAAGAAGGCUCGCAAGGUGGCCGAGGACAAGGCGUCUCGUCCAGAGUGCAGCUCCCAGUGCAAGCAGCGGCGCCAGCAAAUGGAUGAGGAGCAGAAACGACUGCGGGGCGACCUUAAGCAGACGGAGGAGGCCAAGCAACUAGCCGUCGAGCACGGACGAAAAGUGGAACAAGAGUACCGCAUGCUGGAGGCGAAACUACGCAAUCGCGAAUCUUCGCAGCCUGACCCAGAGAUGCUAUUGAACGCCCUCGCUGUCGUCCAAGAAAAGAACGCAACGCUGGAAAAGAAUCUAUCCGCGGAGACGAGAGUCAAGCUGGACUUGUUCUCGGCUCUAGGCGCUGCCAAGCGCCAGAUUGAAAUAUCUGACAACCAUCGUCGCUCCAAGGAGGAUGAGGUCAUUGAUCUCAAGGCAAAGAUUGCCCAACUUCUGGCCGUGAUGCCAGACAACUUGUGCAUGAACACAGGCCCACAUGGACCGGCGAGCAGCAUUCUGCGCAUGAACGACACGCCGCCGCUGCAACAGUCGGGUCCCGGACCGUCCUCGCCCAUGCUCAGUUUGAGCGCUGCGCAGGAGUACCAGCAGCAUCAGCAGCACCAGCAGCAGCAGCAACAGCACCAACAGCAUCAGCAGCAUCAGCAACAUCAGCAGCAUCAGCAACACCAGCAGCAGCAACACCAGCAGCAACACCAACAGCAUCAGCAACAUCAGCAGCAUCAACAGCAGCAACACCAGCAGCAUCAGCAGCAUCAACAGCAUCAGCAGCAACACCAGCAGCAUCAGCAGCAGGGUGGCGGUGGUCCUGGCUCCCAGCAGCAAAUGGUGCCGGUCAGCGUGUCUGCUGCCUUUCAGGUUGCCGCUGCCAAUGCUGUUGCCGCUGCCAACGCUGCUGCGGCCAACGGAAAUGGCGGCUCAACGCUGGAUCCCAAUGCUAGCGUGUACACGCCCAAGACGGGCAACAUGAUGGUGGUGUCGCCGGUGGGCAUGAACCCCAACGGGUCGGAUGCCUGACGCCAACAGCAGCAGCAGCAGCAACAGCAGUCCUUGACGUCGUCAUCGUCGUCGUCGUCCUCGCACCUGCAUAUGCGACGACAAGUUUGAGAUUAUUAUACUUUAUAUGAAUUAGGGAAAACAAACGCAAACAACCGUCGCCACAGCAAACGAUGAGCAGCCCGAAAACCGGAGCCGGUUCCAUAAAGUUUGCAUACAAUAUCUGAAUGUCCGUAAUAUGAAUAAGCAGUUUCCUUUAAAAUCUAAACACCGCCACAGAAGCGCAGGCAGCACUGAUGAAUGCAGCUCAAAAUUGCUGAACAUUUUCAAAAUCGUUUCAAAAUCUCCAACCCAACCAGAUUCCCCAUAGAAUUUGGCAUUCCAAUUGAAAUUCUUUCUUAAAGGCCUUAAUGACUCACUCCGAUUGAAAAUUCUCGGCUCAUUUCAACCCACUGUUUUGAAUCGGCUGCCCCGCCACCACACAAAACACACAACACAUUCAGUAUCUCCCCCUCUAACACGAAAAGUAAAUGAUUACUUUAACCAGAUGAUUCGAGAACUCGAAACACAUUUGAAAACAAUAAGAACAGAACACAAAUUUCUAAAAAUAAUAACAAAAUGAAAAUGGCAAUUCGUAUUUUUAAUUGAUGAAGAAGAAAGCCAAGGAACUAUCCAAUAUUCUUUGUACAAUGUUUUUCAUUUUUUACCAAACGCUGUGAGAGAGUUGAACCAACCAUAGUGAUGGCCUUGAUCUUGGGGCGGUGGCGGCUGCCCUGCAUGACCCAUGCCCCCUGAUUCAAUGGAAUAUUUUUGAAGUCUGCGCCCUUGAUUUAUUAUCUCAUUAAAUUAUUUUUGUUAUAAAACCUUAAAUGUAUGCUAUUACUUAGAACUUAUAAUUUUUGAAACAAACAAACAAACAUCAAACGGAAAACGAUUUUCUUUUAAGUUUUAAUUUAUUUUUGUUAAGUUCUGCUGUUCCUAAGAAACAAAAAAUCGAAAAGAACUAAGAAACACGCUUUGGUUUAUUUACGAGAAGUGAAAAGUCGACUAUUUUGUUUAAUAAUAAAAUAACCUUUCGCUGCGAGAAGCAAGUA